AUGCAAGAUUUGCAUGAAUUCAAUUUGAAUUCUGCAAUAUCACUUAGCAACAUCAAGCCGCAUCCUAGAUCGAACUUGAGAGUUGUAAAAGACUCAAAAUCAGAUAAUUUCUUCGUAAUAAAAGUUUUCGAUUCUGAUUUUAAUAAAUAUCCUCUGUUAAGCGAUGCACAAGCUAGAGUAUCUAAAUACAACUCAAUUAAGUUUUCUGGAUUGCAAAAGAUUUAUCAAUCAAUAAAUAACGAAGCAACAAAUUUUACUCUUGUAACGCCAUAUAGGUCACUACUAUCUUUAAAAAGGCAAAUCAAAUACAAUCAGCUUAUUGAUAAUACUUUUGAAGAAAAGCUUAGACUUAUUUUUUUAUUAAUUUCAUCUGUCUAUGCGUUACACCAAAACAACUUUAUACAUGGCAAUAUCAAGCCCUCAAAUAUUUUAUUUUCGUCAUUUAAUACCCCAAUUCUCGCUGAUUUUUCAUUAUCUUUAUCAAAAUCAACGAAAACAGGCGAAUUUUCAGCUCCAGAAUUAAAUUAUCGAAGUAUGUUACCGACAAUGCAAACAGAUAUUUACUCAAUGGGCAUGAUUUUUAAAAAAAUAAUUGGAGCGACUCAAAUUAGCCAUGAUAUUCAAGAUAUUAUCGAUAAAAUGAUAUCAAAUGACCCAUAUACUAGGCCAAGUGCUGCUUAUAUCCUUGAAAAAUUCAUUCGAAAUGGUUUAUAUGGUGCAAAAAUUUCAUCCGAAGAAUUUUGUCAUUUAUUUAAGCCUCUUUUAAUCCCAAAUGAUUUAAAGUCACUUCCAGUUGCAGAAAAUAAUGUAGUUACUAAGAAAUUCGAAGAAAUGGCAAUUGAUGAAGUUAAUAACUGCCUAAUUAACUCUUUUCACUUCUAUAUGGAUCAAAAUGAGCAUCACUCAUUUGAAAAUUCUUUAAAUAUUCUCAAUAUUGUAAAAGAAAAUCCAUAUGGAUCUUAUAAUUUAGGAUUAAUAUUGUCUAGAGGUGUAAUUACUCAUUCAAACAUCAAUUUAUCAUAUGAACUAUUUAAAAAGGCUGCAGAUGAAAACAUUAACGAAGCAAAUGUGCAGAUGGCAAAAUUAAUUCUUAGAAAUCAAAUAGAAUGUCAUUCAUUUCAAGAUGUCCAACAUUUCUUACAAAUUGCUGCCCAAAAUGGCUGCUCAGAAGCUAACUACCAACUUGGAAUUUUAUAUCAAAACGGAAUUAGUGUUGAAAAGAACAUAGAACUAGCCGCAAAUUAUUAUAGAUUAGCUGCUCAAAGUGGUCAUCGCGAAGCACAGCUACAAUAUGGCUUAAUGUUACAAAAUGGAUAUGAUAUCCAAAAAAAUAUUAAAGAAGCAGCAAAUAUAUACUCAGAAUCCGCCAAGCAAGGCAAUCCUGGUGCUAUGAAUCAAUACGCCUUACUUUUAAAAGAAGGAAUUGGAGUUGAUAAGAAUAUUAAAGAAGCUGCAAAGCUUUUUAAGAACGCCGCUGAUAAAGAAAAUGCUGAAGCACAGAAUAACUUUGCGAUUAUGCUUCAAAAUGGCCAAGGAGUACCAAAAAACAUCAAAAUGGCCGCAAAAUAUUUCGAAAAAAGUGCCAAAAAUGGAAAUAUUGAAGCACAAAGCAAUUACGGAUGGUGUCUUAAAGUAGGUGCUGGUGUAGAAAAGGAUAUUGAACUAUCUACUAAGUAUUUCAAACAAUCAGCUGAUGGUGGAUCAGCAAUUGGUCAUAAUUAUUAUGGAUUGGCACUUUUAUUGGGUCAAGGAGUUCAUAAAAGUGACAAAAGAGCUGCACAUCAGUUCAAACUGAGUGCGGAAAUGAAUGAUGAAUUUGGAUUAUUAAAUUAUGGAAUGGCUUUAUAUGAUGGAAUUGGUGUAAAACAAAAUUACACAAUAGCAGCAAUUUAUAUCAAGAAAAGUGCUGACAAAGGAAAUAAUCAAGCACAGUUUUUGUAUGCAAAUAUGCUAAAAGACGGAAUUGGAGUUGAACGGAAUUAUUCUGCAGCAGCAAUUUAUUAUAAACUUGCAGCUGAUCAAGGUAAUAAUGAUGCUAAAUUCUUUUAUGCUUAUUUACUUAAAAAUGGAUUAGGAAUUGAUAAAAAUGAAGAAGAAGCUGAAAAAUAUUUUGCAAUUAAUUUGAAUGAAGAUGAUGGAACAAGAUUUUUCAAUUUUAAUUCUUAUAACGCACAUUCAAAUAAAAUGUCUGAUAUCAGAUCAAAAUACACAUCAAACAAAGGUUUCUACAAACCAAAACUUGAUAUAAAUCAGAUGUUAAAGAAUGUUGAUCUUGGUAUUGAUGAUGAAGAAAGUAAGAAAUUCAUUAAAAUGUCUGCUGAUCAAGGAAAUGUUAAUGCAAUGGCUAUAUACGCAAACAUCUGUAAUAAUCAAGAUGAAGAAUUGUUUUAUUUGCAAAAAGCUGCUGAAAACGGACAUAUGGAAUCAAUUAUCAAAUUAAAAGUUCUCAAGAACAAACUCAAGCCAGAAGAGAAAUCUAAACUUGCUAAAGAACUUUCAACAUGUUCAUCUGCUUUCUUCAAAUUGGAAUAUAAACCAGAAAAUGAUGAAGAAAAAAUCGAAAUUAAUGAAAAUGUCAAUUUCGAUGUCAAAAUCAAUCAAAAUCCAAAUGAAAAUGAAGAAAAAGAAGAAAAUAAUGAUGAUAAAGAAACAGUUAAUGAUGAAGCAAUUGAAUCAUUUAAAUUAGCAGCUGAUAUUGGUAUUGCAGAAGCGAUGUAUCAACUUGGAAGAUGUUAUGAAGAAGGAAAAGGAGUAAAAGAAGUCGAUUUACAAUUGGCAAGCAAAUAUUACAAGAAAGCAGCAGAUUUAGAUCAUAUUGAAGGAUGUUAUAAAUAUGCUUUAUGUUGUAGAAAUGGUUUAGGAGUUCCUAAGAAUGAUGCUGAUGCUUUGAAUUAUUUCAAGAAAGGUUAUGAAUUUGAUCACGAUCUUUCUAAAUUAAAUUAUGCAGAAAUGCUUAAUGAAAUUGGAGGAAAAUCAAAUAUUGCAUUGGCUGCAAACUUAUUUAGAGAAUUGGCUUAUUUAGGACAUGCUGAAGCGAUGUAUCAAUACGCAAUAAUGUUGAGAGAUGGAAGAGGAGUUCCAGUUGAUCUACAAAGAUCAAGUCAUUAUUUCUUGAGAUGUGCAACAAUUAACUAUAAAGAUAGUGGUUUGCAGUAUGGAAUUUUGAUAUCAGAAGAGAAUGGAAUUAAUUUCUUUAUUACUGAUGUUUUGAAUUACUUUUUGUUGGCUUUGAAAGAAAAGCAAACAAAAAGUGCAAAAUUCAUGUACGGAUUAAUGUUAGUCACAGGUAUUGGAAUGAAGAGAGAUUUAAAUAUUGGUUUAGGUGCUUUAAGUGUGUCUGGACAUGAAAGGAGUCAAUUAAUUAUCGAUUUCUAUAAAAACAAAGAUAAAAAUCGAAAAUUAAUUGCCAUGAAAAACUUGGCUGAUUUAUGUUGCGUAGAAGCAAUGUAUAGCUAUGCGAUGUUGAGUUUAAAGAACGGUAAUGUUGAUGAUUAUAUUUCUUAUAACAAGAAAGCAAGCGAAGUUCAGUUUAUCCCUGCAAUGUUUGAAUAUGGAAAAACAUUGUUUGAAGGAAAAUUAGUUGAAAAAGACUUGCAAAAAGGAUUGAAUUUAUUGCAAUUUUCUGCUGAUAAUUCAAUACAUGAAGCACAACUUUAUCUUGCUAAAGAGAGAGAUAAUGGUGACAAGAUAGAACAAGAUAACGAAGAAGCUGCGAAAUACUACAAUUUAGCAAUGGAAGGAGAUUUAGUUGAAGCUUAUUUCAGGUUAGGAAUGAUGCAUUUAUCUCAAAGAUUGAAUAAUUCUGAUCCUGUUUAUGGCCUUAAACUCUUGAAAGAAGCAAUGGAUAAAGGUGAUGAUGACAGUGCAAUACAAUAUGCAAUCAAUUUGCAUUCAGGAAAGUUCAUUGAAAAAGAUUUAGAUUUGUCAAAAUCUAUUUUACAAAAAUUAGUUGAUGAAAAACAUAAUGAAAAAGCAAGAGAAGUAUUAAAUGUUUUAUUCCCUGAACCAAUCCCAGUUGAAGAAGAAGAGCACAAAGAAAAUGAGGAAGAAAAAGCCGAAGAAGACAUUAAUAAUGUUUCAAAAGUUGACGAAAAAGACGAAGAGAAAGACAUCGAAGAAGAUGAAGCUCACUUCGUCUUUGAUGAUGAUAGUGUUGGUGAUGAUGAAACAAUUGCUGAUUUCUCACAACACGAAGAAGAUUUUAACUCUUUGAAAUCAAGAGAAAUCGAUUUAGACAUUGCUAAUGAAGAGGAAGAAAAAAUGGCAUUAACUCCUCAACCUAAACUCAAAACAAGAAGAAGGAAGAAAGUAAGGAAACUAACAAUGAUUGAUUCUCCGCCAGCACCUCAUAUUCUUAAGAAACCUCGUCGUUUAUCUGACGAUUUCUUGUCUCCUAUUCAUCAUCCUAAGAAACUUGAUGAUAGUCAAUCAACAAAUACUCAAGGAAGUUUAACAGAUGAUGAUUAUCCUGAAGAGUUAGUUCCAAGAGCAAGAAAUGCCAAUUUCUUGGCUUUAACUGAUCAAGAUGUUUAUAAAAUGGGAUCUCAGAUCUUCAAGUUAAAUCCAUUAGAAAGAGAAACAUCUUAUUACAAACAGCCAUCAAUUGCUGAUUUCUUUGGUUCUCAAGUUUUCGAAGUAAGAAAGACUGCUGCAAAAGGAAGUGCUGAUGAACAGCUUAAAUUAGCUCUUUUGUUGUUAGGAACAAUUGAUGAAAAUAAUGCAGAAAUAUCUAAAGAGAAUUAUCAAGAAGCAAUGCAGAACUUGAUGCUUUCAAGUAACAAAGGAAAUGCUUUUAGCAUUUAUUUGUAUAAUUUGUUUUCCGGCCAAGAAGAAAACAUUAAAGAAAGACUCAUUGAAGCUGCAAAUCAUUUCAAGAUGUUAGCUGACAAUGGAGAUCCUUCUGCAAUGUUUAUUUACGGAUUGAUGUUGAGAAAUGGAUUCGGAGUCAAACAGAAUUUGGAAGGAGCCGUUGAAUACUUCAGAAGGGCUGCGAAAUUGAAUCAUGCUGAUGCUUGUUAUAACUGUGGAUUAAUGAUAAGAUUAGGGUUCGGAGCAAAGCAGAAUUUGUCGAGAGCCGCUUAUUAUUAUUACUUGGCUGCCAAACAAAGACAUAUUUACGCAAGUUAUAACUUAGCAAUUCUUCAUUCAAAUGGAUGGGGAGUUUCUAAAAAUGAAAGUUUGGCUGCUUAUUAUUUCGGAAUUGCUGCAAGAGGAGGAGAUGCUGCCGCACAAGCAAACUUAGGUUUGAUGUUAAAGAAUGGUAUUGGUGUUGAAAAGAACAUUUUUGGUGCAGUGAAAUAUUUCAGAAGAUCUGCAAGACAAGGAAAUGCCACUGGACAAAACAAUUACGCAUUGAUUUUGUCUGAAGGAUGGCCAGGUCAUGAUCCAAAUCCUGAGAAAGCAACAAUCUUCUUCAGAUUCGCAGCUAAACAAGGAAAUGUUUCUGCAAUGUAUAACUAUGCAAUUGCUUUAUUAAAGGGAGUUGGUUGCAAGAGAAAUCCUAAGAAAGCAGCAAAGAUUUUGGCAUUGAGUUCAAGAGAAGGAGAUAUUGACAGCCAGUUCAAGCUUGGUUAUAUGUUGUAUAAAGGUGAAAGGAUAAGGAAAGAUCCAAUAAGAGGUUUGCAAUACUUGGCAAUGGCUGCAAGACAAGGACAUAUUUUGGCAAUGAUAAUGAUUGGAAGAGCUCUCAAAAAUGGAGAUUUUAUUGGCCAAAACAUUGAAUUGUCUUUGAAGUAUUUCAAGGCUGCUUCAAUUCUCGAUGAUCCUGUUGGAUUGUUGAAUUACGGAAUGUCACAAAAAGGCGGAGAAGGUGCUGAAUAUGUCAAGAAAAGCGCUGAUCUCGGAAAUGUUGAAGCUCAAUGCUAUUACGCAGUGAUGCUUUACAGCGGAAAAGAGAUUAAGCGUGAUGUCGAAUCUGCGUUCUACUAUAUUAAGUUGAGUGCAGAUCAAGGAUAUUCCAAUGCGAAAAGACUUCUUCGUAUCUGGCAAAACGAAGAAGAAGAUUCUAAUCAAUAA